AUGUCCAAGCCGGCUCUCGUUUUUGCGCCCGGCGCGUGGUGUCCUCCGUCUAUCUUUGAUUCUCUGAUCGAGAAACUCGACGACUACGAUUGCCACACCGUGUCGUUCCCAUCGGUACAAGACCCUAAAUCCGUUCAAGAUCUAGAGCCAGAUAUUGCCGCUGUACGUUCUCUCGUCGAGACAGCAUCUGAUGCCGGUCAAGAUGUGUUCGUCGUUGCGCACAGCUGGGCCGGGGUACCAGUAAACAGUGCUCUGGAUGGCGUGGCCAAGUAUGAGCGCGAGUCCUCUGGCAAAAAGGGGGGUGUUGUCCGGAUAAUUUUCAUUUCGGCAGUUAUCCCUGCUCUUGGAGAGAGUCUUGUUGGAUUAUUUGGCGGUGCUCCGCCACCGUGGUUUCUGCGAGAUGAGCCGAAUGGAACUGUCAUGCCCAGCGCUCUUCUUCCACGAUGUGCCCGAUGGAGCAGAAUGGGCCAAAACCUUCGGCCGCAUGCCUGGGUGACAAAUACCGCCCCCGCGACGAAUGCGGCGUAUCUCGAGCUUCCGGCCUCUUACCUGCUAUGUGAAGAUGAUCAGGCGUUCCCUUUGCCCGUGCAGCAAGUAAUGGUGGAACGUGCGAAACGAAAGGGGGGCCUGAUCAAGACGGAGAAGAUCAAAGCGUCACAUUUCCCUUGGCUUUCACGGGCCGACGAAGUGGCUUCGUACAUUCGAAGACAGACUGCUGAGACAGACUAA